CUCGUCCCUGCCGGCCGCUGCGCCCUCGCCGCCGGCCCCAGCGCCAUGCUGCGCCGCAAGCCUUCCAACGCCGGGGACAAGGAGCCGGGGCACAGGAAGCUUUCCCUACAGCGUUCCAGCAGCUUCAAGGACUUCAGCAAGUCCAAGGUCAGCUCCCCCGUGUCAAGCGAGGAGUUCAACCUGGAGGAGAAUAUCCCUGAGGAUGAUCCCAGCAGCGCCAGUCCUGAGGAGGCCGUGCGGAGCAGCGGGACAAAGCUGGGCAGGAAGUGGCGGGCAGUCAUCUCCCGCACCAUGAACCGCAAGACGGGCAGGAUGGCUGUGAGAGCGCUGGCCGAGGGGAAGCAGGGAGAGGUGGUGGAGGAGGGGUCCCCAUGCCCCCUGUCCCCAGCCAGCAGCUUGGAAGAGCAGAGACAUGACAAGGUGCCCCUGUCUUACCUGGAGCUGGAGGAGGAGGAGGACGGGCGCCCAGCCCUCGGACGCCAGAUGUCCAGUGGCAGCAACAUUCCCAGCCCUGGUGAUCCCGGGGACAGCCGGCAGCUGGAGGAGACCGUCCCAGCCUACACUGGCCCCUUCUGUGGCCGGGCCCGCGUCCACACUGACUUCACCCCCAGCCCCUAUGACAAGGACUCCCUGAAGCUGCGGAAAGGGGACAUCAUCAGCAUCAUUGAGAAGCCACCUGUGGGCACCUGGACCGGGCUGCUCAACAACAGGGUGGGCUCCUUCAAGUUCAUCUACGUAGAUGUGAUCCCCGAGGAGACGGUCCCUGCCCGCAGGAGCCGGGGCUCCAGCCGGAACAAGCGCCUGAAGCCCAAGACCCUCCAUGAGCUGCUGGAGCGCAUAAACCUGCAGGAACACAUCCCCACCCUCCUGCUGAACGGGUACCAGACCCUGGAGGACUUCAAGGAGCUGCGGGAGACGCACCUGAACGAAUUGCACAUCACGGACCCCCAGCACCGUGCCAAGCUGCUGACAGCCGCUGAGCUCCUCCUGGACUAUGACACAGCCAGCGAGCCAGAGGAUGGUGACACCUCCGAAGCCCUGCCAUCGCCCUCAGAGCCCAAAGGAGACAUUCCACGGGACUCCGGCUGCUUCGAGGGAUCAGAGACCCUGGACGGCAGCCGGGAGGAGGCCGAGCUGGGGGGUCCCGAGGAGCAGCUGGGGGCUCUCUCUAUGGCAGAAUCCCCCUGAAGCUGCUGGCACUGCCACUUCCCGCUCUGGCCCUGGUAGUGGGGCUGGACUGGAGAGGAUGGCUGCUGGUAGGGGACAGGGGAGCACCAGCGGUGGCACCUCGGGGCCUGGCUCGGCCCCUGCACCGGGACAUUUUGCAUGGCACUGCCUGGCAGCACUGCCCUGAGGCAGGGACUCUGGGCACGCCGGAGCACCGCGCUCCCUGCCAAGACACCACAGGCAUUGGCUGCUUUUCCCAGGUUGGCCAGCAGGCUCAGGAAGGGAGCUGGGGAUGGAAGCCGUGUCUGCAGGCAACUGAAGCCUGCCCAGGACACUGUCACUUCUCGGCAGGGACACACAGAGACCCUCCCCUCACCUGCCGUGGGGGACAGCAAGAUGCAAAUAACACAGCUAAGACACCACCCUGCAAGUGUGAGAUGGAGAGUCCCGGAACGCACAGGGAAGGGCGAAGAGGCAGCUGGCUUAGGGCAGCACAGACAUGCAGGGGGCUACAGCUCAGCCAUUU